UCCGAUAAAGAGAAACUGUGGGAAUUCUGAAUGUCGUGCCUUAUUUACGGUUUAAGAGUGGGCGACACUUUAUUUUAGAAUUUUUAUUGUUUAGAAACCAAUACUGUAUACUUAUUUACACUUUAAUUUCGACAGUCGAAAUAUCUGGAUCAGCUGACCCUGUGAUAUGCUGGGACAAAAAUACUGUAUUGAUAUUCUUUUAUUGAAUAUGUAAUUGAGGCCAGUUUCCCAUAAAAGUCCUUCUGUGAGGCACCUUCUCCUUGGCAAAUCACCCAUAUUUUAUGGAAUGAAAAAUAAAAUAUGGAUGAAAGUCAAGCAGGAAAUAUUCAAGCAAUAGAUAAAGACAGUGUUCAUAAUAUUUGCUCUGGUCAAGUUAUUUUAACUCUUUCUUCAGCAGUUAAAGAGUUAAUAGAAAACAGUUUAGAUGCUGGAGCUACUAAUAUUGAGGUUCGUACAAAAGAAUAUGGAAGUGAAUUAAUAGAAGUUAUUGAUAAUGGAUCUGGUGUAAAGGAAAAGAAUUUCAAAGAAUUAACUUUGAAACAUUAUACAUCAAAAAUAAAAGAUUUUCACGAUAUUUCAAGUUUAAGAACAUUUGGUUUUCGUGGUGAAGCAUUAAGUUCCCUUUGUGCAUUGAGCAAUAUAACAAUAACAACGCGUUCUAAAACGGUAACUGUCGGGACUCGAUUAGAAUAUGAUCACAGUGGCUUAUUAAUAAAACAGUCACCAGUACCAAGACAAGUUGGUACAACAGUAAGUGUGCAACAUCUAUUUGCUACUUUGCCUGUAAGACAUAAAGAAUUUAUGAAUAAUUUACGGCGAGAAUUUAAUAAAAUGAUACAGUUAAUAACAGCAUAUUGUCUAAUUUGUACCAAUGUUAGAUUAUCUUGCAUUAAUCAUUUGUUAAAUGGGUAU